CCUGACCCUCCGCUGCGAGUGAGCUGUUGGACGCCGCCACGAUCCUCGGCGCUAAGCUGGGUCGUCACUGUGAGGGCGGGACUUCCUUUCCGUUACCUCGUCGUUUCCGACGUCUCCCGGAAGUCGGUGCUGGUCCGACAAUAUCGGCGGUUCACUCCCUGCUUUGGUCGGCUCCCUGCUGCUCCUCUUUAGGCAACUACUCGGCUUCGCCACUGCGCGCCACCCCCCACCCCCCAAAGUGCACGUCGGGAAUCUCGUCCGCGGCCCUGUCACCCGCCUUGUUUCUCCGCCGAGCUUAACUGCCGCGCCCGGGGCCGAGUGCCACCCAUGGCGGGGGCCGCUCCGACCACGGCCUUUGGACAGGCGGUGAUCGGCCCGCCAGGCUCGGGAAAGACCACUUACUGCCUGGGCAUGAGCGAGUUCCUGCGCGCGAUGGGCCGGCGCGUGGCGGUAGUGAACCUGGACCCAGCCAACGAGGGGCUGCCGUACGAGUGCGCCGUGGACGUGAGCGAGCUGGUGGGUUUGGGCGACGUGAUGGACGCGCUGCGGCUGGGGCCCAACGGCGGCCUGCUGUACUGCAUGGAGUACCUGGAGGCCAAUCUGGACUGGCUGCGCGCCAAGCUUGACCCCCUCCGCGGCCAUUACUUCCUCUUCGACUGCCCAGGCCAAGUGGAGCUCUGCACUCACCAUGGCGCCCUGCGCAGCAUCUUCUCCCAGAUGGCCCAGUGGGAUCUCAGGCUGACUGCUGUCCACCUGGUGGAUUCUCACUACUGCACAGACCCCGCCAAGUUCAUUUCAGUACUGUGUACCUCCCUGGCCACCAUGCUGCAUGUAGAGCUACCCCAUGUCAACCUCCUCUCCAAAAUGGACCUCAUUGAGCAUUAUGGAAAGCUAGCCUUCAACCUGGACUACUACACAGAGGUCCUGGACCUCUCCUACUUGCUUGACCACCUGGCUUCUGACCCUUUCUUCUGCCACUACCGUCAGCUCAAUGAGAAACUGGUGCAGCUCAUUGAAGACUACAGCCUGGUCUCCUUCAUUCCUCUCAAUAUCCAGGACAAGGAGAGUAUCCAGCGGGUCCUGCAGGCUGUGGAUAAAGCCAAUGGCUACUGCUUUGGGGUCCAAGAGCAGCGAAGCCUGGAGGCCAUGAUGUCUGCUGCAGUGGGAGCUGACUUCCAUUUCUCCUCCACCCUGGGCAUCCAGGAGAAGUACCUGGUACCCUCAGACCAGUCAGUGGAACAAGAAGCAAUGAAACUAUAACAGUCUGGGCUCUGGAGAACAGGACACGUAACCCAACACUGGGGAAAGCUGCAGCUCCCAGUGAGCGGUGGACAGCUUAGCAGCUGCAGAUCCAAGAACAGUCCUCCCAACCAGAACUGGAAGGCUGAUGAGGGACAUCCAGCCCUGCAACAGACUUCUAACCAAAAGCUAGACAUGGUGGAAACAAAGCACCCACCACGCACUCGGUGCUCAUCGGCACUGGCCCCACUUGGACUAGGGUGGGAUGUGCUACAAUACAAGAGUUUAUUUUCUCCUA